AUGCGUGCCUGUUGUUGCGCAUGGGGUCAUGGAAGUUUGUGUUGGUGAUGGUGCUCUUCCCUGACCCGCUCCGUCCGAUGAUGAAGUUCGUCAUCUCAGGCUUGAUCUCCAUCGCCGCCAUGAUCCGCCUUGACCGAGAUAUGUCUCCCACGAGGCUGCAUAACGGUUCGCGCGACGCAGCUGGCGUGGGGGCGGAUCGUGAGAUGGCCGAGAGACAUGCUCAAAUCCAGACUUCCAAACGAGCGUGACGUCGCAAGUCGUGAGAUGGCCGAGAGUCAUGCUCAAAUCCAGACUUCCAAACGAGCGUGACGUCGCAAGCGUUGGUCGCUCGCCGCCGCCAUGACAAGAAGGCAGAAACCGGACCCGUCUGUUCGCCCUACCAGUGCCGCUCUUUAGGCACUGGUAUGGGCCAAGCAGUAGACGCGUUCAUCUGAACCGGCCGCCGUCGCUUGAACCGCUUCUUCGACAGCCAGUCCGAGAAUGUUUGGUUGGGGGCGCAUCUGCCUCUAUGGGACUGCUCAUUGGUGAUCUGGCGGCUUGGUCUCGG